AUGGCUCCCCGCAGUAUUCUCAUCACUGGUGCCAACCGUGGAAUUGGCUUCGGACUUUUGAAGCAAUUCCUUAAAGUUGCGGACAUUCAGCUGCUCAUCGCUACGUGCAGAGAUCCGAGCAAAGCUGAAGCACUCAACAGCAUCAAAGAUCCAAGACUGCACAUUCUUCCAUUGAACAUUGAUGACGACGAGUCCAUCAAGACCUUGUACACUUCUGUAGGUUAUCCUCAUCUUGCACCGAAAUACCUUUUUUUCUCCAUUACUUGAAGGUAGAAAAACUCGUCGGGGAAGACGGUCUGACCGUCCUGCUUAACAACGCAGGGAUCCUUGUUCCGUAUGAUGUAGAGGGCGAGAAAAACCGUCGCGCAGUGCUGCGUCAGAUUGAAACGAACGCGGUGUCUACUGCCGUUCUAACCCAGGAGUUCCUUCCGCUUCUCAAAAAAGCUUCCGCUAAGAAUGGAGGAGAAGGAUAUUCGAUAAACCGUGCCGCGAUUGUGAACAUCUCCUCCACUGCUGCUUCUGUCGAGAAGAUCGAUGGAACCUUCAACGGACCAUAUGUGAGUUUCGUGUCCAGCCAACCAUCUUCCGCUGAGAUACACAUCUUCAAUGUUUGAGUUCAGGUCGCCUACCGCAUGAGCAAAUCGGCGCUCAACUCCUUCGCCAAGUCCUGUUCGAUCGACCUGGCCAAAUAUAACAUUCUGGUCACUUCCUUCUGUCCGGGAUGGGUCAAAACUGACAUGGGCGGACAAAAUGCUCUUCUUGAGGUGAGUUUGACGUAAGGUGCUGUAAAAGUUUCAUGAUUUUUAGCUCGACGAAGCCACUGACACCCUCGCUGGCAACAUUUUGACUCUCGGAGAUGCUCACCACGGAGCCUAUUUGGACAGAAAUCUGGACGUCAUUCCGAACUAA